GGGCUAACUCACAUGAUCUCUAGAUCUGCGCUCAGCAAAACUCAAAGAUCUAUUGAUUUGGUCCACCAUCCCCCCAAGUUUCUCGCGUUUAAGAUCUGCUUCUGCAAUUGUGACUCACUGACUCUGCCAGUUCAGAGGAAUCCGUUAGUUUUGGAGGGAUUUCGCGCCAAUUUUACUUUGUUGAAUUAUUACAGGUAUUGGUAAUUAGAAAUGGCAGGAAGGAAGCCGGGUGUGAUUGCUUUAUUUGAUGUUGAUGGGACGCUCACAGCUCCAAGAAAGGUAGCAACUGAAAAGAUGUUAGAAUUCAUGCAGAAACUUCGUGAGGUUGUUGCGGUUGGUGUUGUUGGAGGAUCUGAUCUUGUUAAGAUAUCAGAACAGCUAGGGAAAACAGUUAUCAAUGAUUAUGAUUAUGUUUUUUCUGAAAAUGGCCUUGUGGCUCACAAAGGUGGAAAGCUUAUUGGCACUCAGAGCUUAAAGUCAUUUCUUGGAGAAGAAAAACUCAAGGAAUUCAUUAAUUUUACACUCCACUAUAUUGCUGACUUGGAUAUCCCAAUAAAAAGAGGAACAUUCAUAGAGUUCCGAAGUGGAAUGCUUAAUGUGUCACCAGUUGGGAGAAAUUGCAGUCAGGAGGAGAGGGAUGAGUUUGAAAAGUAUGAUAAGGUUCACAACAUACGACCAAAAAUGGUUUCUGUGCUUAAAGAGAAGUUUGCUCACCUUAAUCUGACAUUUUCCAUUGGAGGACAAAUAAGCUUUGACGUAUUCCCCAAUGGUUGGGACAAGACAUACUGCUUGAGAUACCUUGAUGAUUUUCAUGAAAUUCACUUCUUUGGAGACAAAACUUACAAGGGAGGAAAUGACUAUGAGAUUUACGAAUCUGAACGAACAAUUGGUCACAAAGUCACCAGCCCAGAGGAUACAGCUGAGCAGUGUACAGCUCUCUUCCUUGGCAAGCACAAUGGAGAUUCUUAAGGUUAUGGUCACCCAGCAUAACUUAAUGUGGUCAUUGCUUAAUUUUAGUCAUUGUAAUUUUUGAAUUUGAAUUCUUGAAGUUACAAACUUAAUCUGUAAGAUGCCAGAUUAUGAAUGAAAUAGAGGGACUAACUGAGGGGAAUCUUAAUAUUGUGGCUAAAAGCAACCCCAUGUGCCCAAUCAUCUUACUGUAAUUUUUGAACCCUGUGAAAAUAAAAUCCAUGUACUCGGUUAUGGUCAGUGAUAGCUGAUUGCAGGAGGGUUA